AUGAGACCGACGAGAGCUGCUUUCAGUGAUAUGCCCGGACCAAAGGUCUAUAAUCUUUGGUGGGGUGACCAAACCGCCGCUAAGCAGAAGGGCAUCUACACCUACACCCUGUCUCCGUACCAAUCGAAGGCUGCGCCUCACAUGCUGCGAAGUUACCUGUUCAAUGGUGUGCGCCGUCUGUCGAUCUACGCUCUUCCCAUUGCGAUUCCCUCUGCCAUUUACUAUUACACCUGGCAGGCCGCGGUUAAGGACUACCACUGGAGGAACAGCAAAGAGGGUCACCUUGCACUUUCUGCUCACGAGGAAUAG